AUGUCUAUUACGCAAUUUAUCAACUGUCGACAAUGCAAAAACGGGCAACUCAUAUCCGAGCCUCUCACAGUCAACACCAACGGCAUCAUCAUACCUAACUCACCCCUACCCCAAGACACCAUCCAAAUCGACCUAAACAACAACAUCAUCUCCCCCGGAUUCAUCGAACUCCAAAUCAACGGCGCCCUCGGCUUCCACUUCGCUCACUAUGAAGACCCCAAAACAUACGCAGAUGGCGUGCAGAGAUUAGCAGAAUACCUACCUUCCACAGGCGUAACAGGAUUCUACCCAACCGUACCCACCGUAGCAUCUCACGUUUUCCACUCCGUUCUUCCCCUGCUAAACCCCACCGAUGGAGAAGCAGCUGCAUCAGUCCUCGGAGCUCAUGUUGAAGGACCUUUUCUUGCCCCGUCAAAGAAAGGCGCACAUGAUGCCGCAAAUAUGCAUAUACCAGCCAACUCCUCACUAGAAGAGAUAUACGGCGAGGAAAACCUCAAACAAUCUAUCAAAAUCGUUACAAUGGCUCCAGAGCUGCCAGGUGCAGUCGAAUUCAUGAAGACAUUACGUUCCAAACACGAUAUUCAAAUUUCAAUGGGCCACAGCGCCGCAAACUACGAUCAAGGACUGGCGGGUAUGGAAGCUGGUGCAAGUCUUCUAACACACUGCUUUAACGCAAUGAACCCGCUUCAUCAUCGAGAUCCUGGGCUGGUUGGUCUUCUCUCGGAUCCAAAUCCACCGUAUUUCUCCCUUAUAGCAGAUGCUAUUCAUCUACAUCCUCGAGUUGUGGCGAUGGCUUAUCGAUCGUCACCUAAGCAUUGUAUACUUAUAACGGACAGUAUUGAACUCUCCGGUCUCCCCGACGGCCUCCACCCAGGCCACGCGCAAAUCCCAUUCAACCAACUAAAAACCGGCAACAAAGUCACCAUCGAGAACACCGACACCCUGAUAGGAACCUGCAUCGGGCUCGACGAAUGUGUGCGGAAUCUCAUGGCAUGGGCUGCCAUACCACUGGCAGCCGCCGUUCAAUGCGUGACGGAGAAUGUGGCUGAUGCUAUGGGUUUGGGGGAUAGAGGAAGGCUAGAGGUGGGUCGGAGAGCGGAUUUGCUGGUUUUGAGUGAGGAGGGGACGGUGAGGGAGACGUGGGUUGGGGGGAGGAAGGUUUUUGGGGGAGAGGGUUAG